AUGCUACACCCGUUUCCCUUCAGACACUUCCUGCUCUGUGCAGUCCAGUCCGACCAUUGUGCACAUCCAGCAGGGUUCACAAAGCCUGGCAAACCCUUCUUCCCUCACCAUGCUGCUUUUUAUUUGCCUGGUAACUAUAACAUACCAUGUCAUGGAAGCACCCAUUAGUUACACACAGAAACACUGUGAUUUCCUCAUAAACUGUCAUAGAAGUUGAAUUAACAUACUUCUUGAUUGUGUUUUUUUUUUUAGCAUUGGUGUGCCAGUGCUGCCCCACAGGUUCAAUGGACUCAGACUGCCAUAGUGUCCACCAGACAACUCCCUCAUACUCUCAUUACAGCUGUUACCAGGUAGAUUGGAAUCCAACUGUUAGGCCUACCCAUACAGCAGCUUGUCUGUCAAUCUGCCCAGAGGGAUCUAGAAUUCAUAUGGGUGGAAAUAUGGGGAGUAUCACGUGUCAGGAGAAGACCCAGAUGCAGACAGUGUCGAAGUAACAAAAGUUUAUUACAAAAACAGGGGGCAGGCAGAGGUCAGUAAUCCCGGGUUGUGUGACAAGGUACAGAACAGCAGGCAGGCUCAGGAUCAGGGCAGGCAGAAUGGUCAAAACCAGAAAACAGGAACUUGAGAAAGACAGGCGCAAGGUGAAAAACACUGGUAGGCUUGACAAAACAAAAUGAACUGGCAACAGACAAACAGAGAACACAGGUAUAAAUACACCGGGGAUAAUGGGGAAGAUGGGCAACACCUGGAGGAGGGUGGAGACAAUCACAAAGACAGGUGAAACAGAUCAGGGUGUGACAGGGAGCAUAUGAGUCAAAAUGUAAUGCUUGAACAUGAAAUUGCAGGCCUUUUAUGCAUUGCUAUAAAAUAGAUAUUAUUAAUCCUGGUUUCUAGCCAAACUGUCCUGUGGGCUUUUUGUAUCCUGGCAACCAAAACCAGGACUGGCAGAGCGGGGAAAACCAGGAGACCAAAAAUAGUGAUGUCAACUUGGACACAGUCUUCCAGAUAGUGGAUGAGCUGCACCACAGUUCCCCCAAAAUACGCAUGGUCAAAGUGGAAACCCCAGAGCGCCAGCAGCUGGUCCUGGCCACCUCUACAUCAUCAGGGCCCCAGCCCACCACCACCAUCCACAGCUACCCUCACACAGUCACCGUCUCUUCCCAGCUUGACUCCUCUGUCAACUCCAGCUUUCUGCCUGGCACCAUAGUGAUGGAUGCCAGCACAGUGACUCCACGAGGGUCCAUCAUUAUAGCAGUCCCAGGGAACAUUCCUUCUCAGUGAAUAGCCAUCACGGUCGGUCGUCCUGCAGCUGAGCAGCCAGUCAAGAGGGAGGAGGAACCAUUGCCUGUCAACGCCUAUCAGAAGGUUAGCUAGCCUAGCUUUGUAAAAACGUGGUACAUUGAGGUUAUUAUUUAUCAAGAAACAAACCAGUGUACCUAAUCUCAUUAUCAGAAAGUUUUAUAAUUUGGGGUUUAAAGAAUUUAGAAUUGUGAGUGUAAAGAGAAAGCAAAGAUACUCAGUCUGUAUUUCUUGGUAAUAAACGUAAUAAAAACAUAUCGUAUGGAUGGUUAUCAGUGAUCCUGAUGAACUCUGUUUUAUAAUAAGAGGUUGAUCAUGCUGUGAUUUAUCCCAGUGCCCUGAGGAAGCAUCCGAGUACAUCACCAAGGUGAAGGAGAUGGAGGUGAAGGAGAUCAAGAUGGUGGACGCAUAG